AUGGAAGACUCUGGAGACUUAUUCAGAUUUAUACCAAAUAACCCAGAAGAAAAGAGCAGUAAAAGAUCAGCGGAUGCUAAUACACUAUAUUCAUAUAUGAAAAUACCAUCAAAAG